UAUAUAUUUAUAUUUCCGGGCAGUUCAGAAAUAUAUGGAUAUCUCACAUCCCUAUUAGUAGAGUCUAGGUCUAGAUCUAAUUUUAAAUAUAGAUCUAGACUAGUAAUUAGAUCUUGAAUAAAUAUUUAGAUCUAGAAUCUAGAUCUACUAAAAAGUCUUUAGUUUUUAGUGAAAAUGGUGAAGAAAGUAACCAUAUUAAUUGUUUUCUUAGAAGUUUCAAUAUUUGCAGCAAUUGCUGCCCUUUCAAUUUGUAUGAGAAAAUUCAUGACACCAUUCACUCGUGGUUUCUUCAGAGAUGAUCAAUCAAUAAUGCAUCCAUUCCAUUCAUCAACUAUUUCAAGUGUUGUUCUUUACUGUGUUGGGUUUAUAGUUCCUGGCGCAGUGAUGAUCCUGACUGAAGGUAUUUAUGCCAAAUAUAUGCACAAGAGAAAAAAACGUAAGGUCGUCUUGAACAUGUUUUUGUGGAACACAUAUCAUGUCGUGGGGCUGUUCAUGUUUGGGGCUGCAGUGACUCACUUGCUAACCAACAUCCCCAAGUAUACCAUCGGAAGACUGAGGCCCCAUUUUAUGUCUGUCUGUAAACCCGACUGGUCCAAGCUUACAUCUAACGAUAGUUACAUUGUUCAGGACAUCUGUACUGGGCCAGAUACAUCUCUCAUCAUGGAAGCAAGGGUGUCUUUUCCUUCAGGCCAUUCAUCUAUGUCUAUGUAUUGUGCUGUCAUUCUUAUGCUUUAUCUUGAAAAAAGAUUGAAGUGCAAAAACUUUAUGUUGGUACGUCCUACACUGCAGCUGGCAGCUUUCUCCAUGGCAUUCUUUACAUGUUUAUCUCGGAUAUCUGACUAUAAGCACCACUGGAGUGAUGUUUUAGCUGGCGCCAUCUUGGGAAUGGCUAUUGCAUAUGUGAUUAUGGUCCGGAUGACUCAAGUCGUCUUUCACAAGCGUACAUCAAGGGAUGCUUCAAGUAGCAUGGAAUUCCCCAAGCCCUACUACCACUACUCAUCUAGUCCAAUACCUACAGUCAUAUCAACAGAUUUUUAACACCAGAUAUCAGUUCCUUACACAUCUUCUGAAGAGUUCUUGUAACCUUUAAAACCUUUUAUCUAAUCAUUUGGUGAUUGACUACAGCUACAGAGAAACUAAAUGGUAGAUGUAUUUAUUCUGCUUUAAUAGCAGGUUUAUAUUUUAUUUUUAUUCCACUGACUCACUGGCAGAGUGGCAUAAACGUCUUGGCUUCUGUCACCUUGCUUGAGUUUGAAUACUGACUCAAGCUGAGUUGUGCUGAGUGCCUAAAGGCAGUACAGAAACCUUCUCCCAGAUUCUUCCCCCCCCCCCCCCCCCCCCAUCCCAUAUCUUCAAAAGAUCACGUUGAGUAUAGUUAAAGCAUUGAGGAUGCACUAUACCAAAGCAAUUUGUAACAAAUGUUAUGAGAAAAUAAUUUUGGAUAUCAAAAGUUAUUUUGGUUUUGACAUUUCAAGAAAGUGAUUUGUUUAGCAUUAGUCAAUUUACAAAUUUAAUUAAAUCUGGCUGUAGCAAAAAGAUAGCCUCUGUUAAAACACAAUAUCACCCAAGAGCCUUAAUGAACAAUGUGUAUAAAUUAUUUAUAAACACUGCAUGGAAAUACGAAAAAAAAUUUUAAUAGUUGAUUGAAGGGAGUCAUAAAAUAAUAUUCAGUGUGGAGACUUCAACAAGUAGGAUUGCCUAAAACAUGCAGUUUGUUAUAUCUACCAAAUACAUAUCAUUUGUACUAUUUUUUUUUAUUUUUUUUACAUAUAUUUAACACACAUUUUUUUUUACUUUUGUAAUAUGUUUUGUUAAAAAUGUAUUGGCUUGCCUUUUAAGUAGUGAUAUCUUUUUUUUGGCUUGUAAAAUUUCUCAUUUUCAUUGGAGCAAGUGGGCUAAAGUUCCAUAGCAAAUCAGAGAACAGAGCUUGAGUUCACUCAAAAUACUUGCAAAGCCGAUUCAAAUAUACAAAUAGUUAGACAUUGUGCUGGCUAGACAGCACCCUCAUGGCAAAAUUUAACGACCAAAACUAUUGAUCUUAUGCAUAAUUAAGUUUUGAAAAACAUUUUUUGUUUCUUUUCACUUCUUAGAAGCUACCAAAUUUUAGUUUCUUUCGCAGACUUGAUUUAAUAAAAGCCACAGAUCUUUCUAUUCUUUGCGGAAGUCAGCUCUCGUCAUCUUGAGCAGUCCUGAACAAUGUUGUCUGAUUUUCCACGUUUGGGAACAUAGCCCUGUGUUGGGGUUCAAAUGUUUGCAUGGAACUAUAAGCUUGUGUGUGUACAUAUCAUCUACACCCUGCUAGGGGGGCAUGGUGGCUGAGAGGUCAAGUGCUUGGCCUCUGAAAUUCAGGAUGCCCCCAAGUCCACCCAACUCUAAUGGGUGCCUGGAAUAGGAAAGUAAAAAGUGCUGACCAAGACAUCUGCGCUAACAGUUGACCAUAGAAAUAGAUGACCUUUACAUCAUCUGGCCCAUAGAUCACAAGGAUUGAAAAGGAGACUAUUUACUACUACACAAAGCUGGGUUUAUAUUGUGUUUUCAUAGCCUUACCUUCUUGGUUGACUAUUUUUAGUGUCACACUUUGUUAUUUAACUUCCCACCUAAGUCACUUAUCUAUCCAUGACAGUGUUUUGAUAUUAAUUCACUAGUGUUUAUUGUUGUCUUUACCAUACCAGUCUUAUCAAUAUGUAUCACACAGAGCUGUAAUAGAGUUGAAAAGUUUGAGUGAAACUUUGAAUGGGAUUUAACAUUGUUUAGAAAACACUAUGAUAUUUGGCCAAGGUUGCAGUACAAUAAUGUGAUAUAGAUUUCAAUUCUAUGGCAUUUUUAUGUCUCAAUCGUUUCAAUGUCAAUUAGUAUGUAACAUUUCUGUAUACUCUUACUUAAUAAAGUAAAGAUUUCAGAUUGUACCAUUUCCCUCCAACAUAAGUGCUAACUUCAUUAAGUGCAGUACCAGAGUUAAAUGUAGUCACCUGUCCUAUACAUCAAGUUUUUUUAUGUGAACAUUGUUGCAAUUGUUUAAAAAGUAGUACUAGAGGAACCAUAUUUGCGAUUUUAUUAUUUGUAUCAGAACAUUAACAUUAUUAAUGUUUUUUUUUAAAUAAUUUUUAAUAAGUGAAGUGUAACCAAGGCAAUUUUGGUUGCAGUGGAUAACAAUGAUAGCAAGAAUUGCUGGUUUUCAAUUCAUUUCUAAUGUCUGAAGCUUUUAAUUGACUGAAGUAUUAUCAACUGUCUACUUCCAAUGUUACAUGUGCCUUACAUUCUUAAAUUUGAUGUGUGAACAAUUACAUUUCUCACUAUAAUGUACAGCCCCCUGUACAAUCUUUAUUAACUAUUUACAAUGGUAUUACUUGAUAGAUUAGUAACAAGAAAGUGGAUGUUACCAAUAUUUUUAAGCCAAAGUCUAUGAAAGUGUUUAAAUGAGAGACAGGUCGUGAGGAAUGACAUAAUGACCUACUAUUUGGAAGGAAUGUCUGUAAUUUAUAAAACAAGCUCUAAAUGUAGAACUAAGGUGCUAUAUUGUAUUGUGUUUCACGAUUGUAGAGACAUGUUUGACUUGUACAAUUUUUCAGGAGGUGUUUGAGUGUCUUGUACAGAGUAUUCCAACAGUGAGAUAAGGAAAACACAAGACAGUUCAACAAUUCAAACUUACAUUUAAUACAGAAUGGGCCAGUAGAGUCUCUGUCACCUCUACAUAAAGCAUCUUGUCAACUGAUUAAAAUAAUACAUAAACAAACUAAACCCUAAUAUCUGUGAUCACACUAAAUGCUGCAUUGAAAGUCUGUCAACUAUAGCGCAUCAUAAAGCUAAAAGUCUAUUAUAAUAUAAAAUGACUAAAAACAAAUUUUAAAUUCUAGUAUAUUUGAACUAGUCUUAUCUAGUUUGUGUACAUGUAUAAAUACAUCUAGUCUGAUACCUUGGGUUCAAUGCUGUAAUGAAGCUGUACUAAUAUUUGUAAGCCUAAUUAGUAUUGCAAUGCUAUCACUAUUAAUCAUGUCAUGCUUCUUAAAGCUUGGUGCACAUAUUUAUGUGGAGUAAUCCUAGUACACUUUUAGUAUCUAUACUUUUGUUUUAUGUCAGGGAUUUAAUGACCUCAUGUUUUUCAAGUCACUUUAAGGCUGUGUUGUCACACUUUUAAUAACUCUUCAUUUAUUUAGUAAGAUUUCUUUCUUGGUAAUACAUUCCCUUCGUAGGGAAAAUCUUUUUUUUUUUAAUUAGUCCUACUGUUUAAAAUGUGUUUGUGUGUGUGCCUGUAGGUAUUGAGGAAUUAGAUCUUGAAGCACUUGUAUAAAUAUAACAUAUUGUCAGCAUAAAUAAACAACGAUGACUUUGA